AAAAUAAAAUUGAAGCAUCUCAAGAUAAAAUUUUAUGUGAAAAGAUGGUAGAAAUUUCUAACAUGAAAUUAUGGCACGCAUUAAAGUACGUUGUUAAGUUAAAUCAUCCAGUAAUAAUAUUAUUCACACAAUUAGAAGAAAAUGAAGUUGAAAUACUCCUAAUU